AUGGCUUCUAAGAAGAACGCACGCACAAAUAACGCGCAGCGGAGGCGACGCGAGAUGGAAAACCUCAAAUUCCGCAUCGAAUACUUUCAUGAACCUCGAACACUGAAACGCGCCGCAAGAAAAGAGCUGGAACGGGAACGCGCACCUCAACUGUGGAUCUAUCCAUUCAAAGAUCUGGGACACUCCGCCGGCAGGAUAUACUCGCGCGCAAGCCUUCUGGGACUACCUACUGAGCUCCGACAACAAAUAUUAUAUAUGAGUUACCCAAUGGUGGAACUGGAACGCGACUUGAGCGCCUUCAUUCUUACGAGGAAGAGAAAAAACCAGCUCAAGUGGGCGAGUACAUCAGAGCCUGUUCGUGUAAUCAAGAUGGAACAGCAUUUGAGGAUUAAAUUCGGCCUCAACGACCACGAAGCGGAUGUGGUCGCUGUUAUCAGUCGACGCAUCGGAGCCUUGAGUCUUAUCUCGCCACUCAUCGCUCGAGAAGUGAAGUACGUCUGCGCACAAUGGAAGGGAGAUCUCGACAAGCAUCUCGGCCAUGAACUACACCUUUGCCUGGAUGCACCUAGAUUUCCGAUCGUCCCCGAGGGUAUGGAGUGGCUCCUCACGCCCAGCUUCACCACACCACCGUCAAAGAAGAAGACAGGCAAGGUGGUUCAAGCAACAAAGUUGAAUGAGACGAAGAAACGUCCCAUGAAGUGCUGGCACUGCACAGAAAGACAUUUCGGCAAAGAUCCGGUGUGUCCAAUGGCGAGAUCCGACCCCGAGAAAUGGCAGAAGAUGACGAAGAAACUUGGUGGCCGAAGAGGAAAAGUGGAUGUGAUACCGAAACUCAGGCCCAGUCAUGUAGCUUUUAACGACUAG